CAGCGCCGCCGCCGCCAAUGAAAGCCAGGCGCGCCGCUCGUCACGUGGCGCCGAGCACGUCCUUCCGGCCCGCGGUCCCAGGGCGGCGCGGGGAGGUGACGCCCCCGGCCAUGCUGGUGAGCCGGCGGCUGAGGCGCCUGCUGCAGCUGGUGCCCGGCCGGGAGCGGCUCGGCGCCUAUCGCCUGCUGCCCUUCUUCUUCGUCCUCGGCGGGGCCAUGGAGUGGUUUAUGAUCAACGUCCGCAUCGGCAAGGAGACGUUCUAUGAUGUUUACCGAAGGAAACGAUCUGAAAGACAGUACGAGGCAAGGAUGGAAAAGGGUGAAUCUUAGCUGAAGGGCUCCAAGGGACUCAUCUCAGUGUUUCCGUUGCACUUCUGUCGAAGAAGCACUGCUGGCGUGGUGGUGGUCAGAAGGGGUCUGUGCACGAGGAGCUGGUGACAGGCACUCUCUGGUGCUGGUAGCAGGUUGUUCUUCACCCAUGUAUCUUUGCCACCAGUUUAAUGUUGGGUUGGUACUUAGAAAUAAACUGAACUGAGUACACA